CCAGUUUUCGCCAGAGCUUCCUGCAGCUCCAGCGUCAAGAACUUACACACUGAAACACAGGGGCAACGCACUCAACGACAACAGAUACUGCAAGAGUGUUUGGAGGAGAAGGUAGAGAAGACAGGAGGGAAGCGGAAGAGAGACCACAAAGAUGAAGCAAGAAGCAAGGGGAGCAAGGACCAUGUCACCAUGAGAACCUAGAGGACAAAGAUCAUGGAGAAACAAAGGGGAAUGUGUUCAGUCACCAACCAGAAGAGCUCAAGCAGCAAUCCACUGAGGCAAAAAUCCAAGCUUACAAUCAAGCAGCCCUGACGGACUCUGACAAGAGAAGCCGGUGAGCCUCAGGACUAAUAGGAACAAGAGGACAGAUGCUACCUUUUUUUAUAACAACACAACAGGAAUAGUUGUGUUUAAAAAUGUGGAUUCCCUAAAUGAUGAAAGGAGGACAAAAGACGGUCCUGGAAUCUCUGACUGAGCAUGAUGAAAAGCUCCAUCUAAAGAACAUAAGAAGAUAAACUUCUACCGUGACUCUAAGUCAUGAUGCCUGAACGAGUUCACAGUUUUCGGGGUCAGAGUUUUCACAAGCUAAGACAGGCCUGCCUGCGUCGAGGUGCACUCUUUAAAGAUCCAGUGUUCCCUGCCAGCGCUCAGUCUCUCUUCUACAAGAGGGAGCCCCCGCCGGGUCUGACCUGGAAGAGGCCGAGGGAGAUCUGUAAGGACCCCCGUCUGUUUGUCGAUGGCAUCAGCACUCGAGACUUGCACCAAGGCAGUCUGGGUAACUGCUGGAUGGUGGCUGCCAUCUCUUGUUUGGCAUCAGAGCCAUCCCUGUGGAAGAAGGUGAUCCCUGACCAUGUCGAGCAGGAGUGGAACCCAAAAAAUCUCAACUUGUACGCGGGAAUCUUCCAUUUCCGGUUCUGGCGACUGGGUCGGUGGAUGGAUGUUGUUGUGGACGAUCGGCUUCCAGUUAGCAGUGAUGGAGUUCUGCUCUUCUGUCGCUCGGCUACACCUCGAGAGUUUUGGAGCGCUCUGUUGGAGAAAGCCUAUGCCAAGCUGAAUGGCUGUUAUGAAGCCCUGGAGGGAGGAAAUACUGCAGAAGCUCUGAUCGACUUCACCGGAGGGGUUUCUGAGCCCCUGAGUCUGGAUCGAGAGUCUCUCAAACAGCACGGCGAGCAGAGGAGGGCGUUGUUCCAGACGCUGGCUAAAGCGCACGAACGCAAAGCCCUCAUCACCUGCUCCAUACGGCCUGCAGAGGGGGAGACGGUGGAGUCGGUGCUUGAUUGCGGUCUGGUACGAGGACACGCCUAUGGGAUCACAGCAGUGAGGAAGGUGAGGCUGGGGGAGACGCUGCAGAACAACGGCGGGAUGUGUCGACUCUUCAUGGUCCGCAUGAGGAACCCAUGGGGGAGCACGGACUGGACGGGCGCCUGGAGUCAGGGGUCACAGCAGUGGCAGCAGCUAAGUCGGGCAGAGAGGGAGAAGAUGGGCCUAAUUGUUCGAGACGUUGGGGAGUUCUGGAUGGAUUUCGAGGAUUUCUGUUGCUACUUCACUGAUAUAGUCGUGUGUCGGCUGGUGGAAAGGACUCUACUGUGGCCGAGCUCUCAUUGGAGAGAAGUGCGUUGCUAUGGAGAGUGGACUUUAGCUCCAACUUCCUCUGAAAUGCCUCCAUCUUCCACCCUUGAGAGUAAUUAUUCACUAAGUCUGGGAAAGAGUCACAUCAAACCUAGAGGGACCAAUCAGCGGGGAAACAGAAAGGAGGCCAGACUUGGGGAGAGUCUGCAGCAGGGAGGGAGAGGAGAGAGCCAAGAUAAAGCUGUGAAAGAUGCGAUGGAGGAGGAGGAAGGAAGAGAGGAAGAAGGAUGGGAGGCACAGAUGGAUAAGAGGAGUCGAUGUGGAGGAUGUAUCAACCACAGGGACACUUUCCUUAACAAUCCACAGUUCAUGUUUGAGGUGAGCGGUAAAAAGGAGGAGGUGCUGAUCUGUCUGCAGCAGGAGGACCGGAGGAUUCGUAGGAAAGAUGGAGGAGGAGAAAACCUUCCUAUUGGGUUUGAGGUGCUAAAGGUGGAGGUGAACCGCAGCAGCCGGGUGCAGUGUGUGGUGGAGCAGGCGGCCAGCUCUGUCUACAUGGACUCCCGUAGUGUGACGCUGAGGGGGACUCUGGCUCCUGGUAGCUAUGUCGUGCUGCCCACCACGUUUCUGCCCGGAGCAACCGGACGCUUCCUGCUACGCCUCUUCUCCCACUCACACAUACGACUCAGGGAACUGAAGGAGGAUUUGCCAUCUCCGACCACCCUCCACUGUUUUCUACCUCCACCCUCAGUGGUGACCACGGUCCAUCUCCGCAGGGCGUCUGGGAUCAAUUAUCCCAAACAGUCAGCUCCUGAUGUUUACGCUGUUGUGCGCUGUGAGAACGACACCAUACGAACAAGGGUUUUCAAAGGGGAGGGAAACCCAGAAUUCAACCUCAGAGCCAUCUUCUACAGGAGACGCCCAAACACGCAAAUCUCUAUAGAGUUAUGGAGCCGAGGCCUGCUGUGGGACUCUGUGCUUGGCAGAGCUCGGAUUAAGACGUCCGAAUCUGAAAAAGGUCGGAGCCAUGUGAUCGACCUACGGGGCGGCCAGUCACGCUCAGGAUACAGAGGUUGUGUUUAUGUUGAAACUUCUUCAAGCACCUGCCUCACAGACUUAUGACGGCAUUAUGUGGUCACUUUGCUGUCCUCUCAGGUACUAUUCAAGAUGCUGGACAAACAGCAAAUCUGACACACAGAUAAGAAAUGUGUUCUUAAGAAUACGAACAACAAAGGUGCUCAUUCAAAGUAAAAUAGACAUAAAGGCCUUCAAAUAAAGUGUCUGUCCUUUAAAAUAUGUCCUUUGGUGAUCUGCUGGUCAGAUACACAGGAAGGGUUCUGUUUGACUUCAGCGGUUUAUCAAAAAAUACUGCUGCCAAAUUAAAUUUGUGUUUGUUCUAAAUCCUGUAUCUAUCAGUGAUGAUGUUUUCUGACGCACUGCUGUGGUGCUCUUUGCAUUUUUAAUUUGAGGGAUAUUUAUGAUGUUUAUAUGCUUGAAUCUAAAUGUAAAAAAAUACAUUUAUGUUUGUGUUUUAAUAGCAUGUUUUUGAUGAUACUUGUCCUACUUUUUUAUUUUAAUUAUCAGGACUAAAAAUAAAUAUUUA